AUGCCUUCCUGGACCCACCUUAUUCGUUUCAUCGCUGUCGAGGACAGCCAGGUUCAUCUUGGCCAACUGGUCGACACAACCCGUGACAUUGGACGCGACAGUGUCGACGGAGUGGAGAUCGCUGCGAAGGUGAUCGAGGGAACAAUCUUUGAUUGCCGCAUUACGGACGAGGUUAUGCAUGUGAAGCAGCUUCUUUCCCCAGUAACACAGGAACAAUGCAGCUACAUCCGCUGUCUGGGCCUGAACUACAUGGACCAUGCCAAAGAAGGCAAUUUCCCCCUUCCUAAAGCUCCCAUCCUUUUCACCAAGCCUCGCACUGCCCUCGCCGGACCCUAUCCCGCCGCCAUCAAUAUUCCCAAGUGUGCCCAAGACGAUACUAGUGACUACGAAGCCGAGCUGUGUCUGAUUAUUGGCAAGUCCGGUCGCGAUAUUCCCGAGGAGGAGGCUUUGGACUAUGUCCUCGGUUACACUGCCUCCAACGAUGUUUCUGCGCGAACACUGCAGAUGAUUACCGCGCAAUGGUCUUUCUCUAAGGGUCUUGACGGCAGCUGCCCAAUUGGACCCGUCCUUGUUGCCCCAUCCGUAAUCCAAGACCCACAGACUCUUUCAAUCCAAGCUAUUCACAACGACGCGGUUGUCCAAGAUGGACACACUAAGGAUAUGAUCUUCAACAUUAAGAAGCAGAUCUCUUACUUGUCGCAGGGUACUACCCUCGAAGCUGGAACUCUCUUCCUUACUGGAACUCCUGCUGGUAUUGGGUUCUUCCGCGAGCCUAAAGUUGUGCUUCGUGAUGGUGAUGAGAUUUGUGUUAAGAUUGAUCAAAUUGGAACUUUGGUCAAUAAAGUCCGGUAUGAAAGUCGAUAA